UUGAAGCCGUUGAACAUGUGCUCAAGUCGUGCAGCGCGCUCUGCUGGGUUCCUUCAAGUUCUACAACAUGGCGGUGGCGGUCAUUAUCGCCGUGUGGGUGCGGACAAGCACAGUGGAAAAAUAGCCGUGGCGGCCGUCACAGGGGAUGACCUCCUCUCCGUCUCCCCCGACGAUCGUCUGUCUCGUUGUUGCCACAAAGCACGAGAAUCUCUGUUAAGUUCCUCCAGUGGAUUUCUUAACUACCGUGGGAUUUUGAAUUGGGCUGUGGUUGUGCUGGUUUUGACGCACACACAAAUGGUUUUAGAAAAUUUGAUCACGUAUGUAUUGUACCUACAAUUAUCUAGGUUAAGACUAUGA